CGUUUUCCGGUUUCACUUGUUGCUGAUUGUUUGGGUCUCGUUAAACGUGCUGUGAUUAUUGCAUUUAAUUUUAAGAAAAACAAAGCCGACUGUAGGAAAAUUAAUUGACAAAUUCAACAGAAUUUAAGUGCUUUAUUACAAUUUGGUUAGGAGUCUACCAAGUUUUUCGACAUAUUCUCCUGAGACUAAUUUUUUCAUUAUGAGUCAACCAAGUUCGCCAGUUCGCUCUGAUCGUUAUCGUGAAGCUUUAACAUCACCAGCUCCCGAUAUUGACGAACCUUUUGCUGAUGAAAGCGAUUUACUCGGAGACGAGAAUGACAUUCCAAAUGAAGAAGAUGAGGAAGGAGAGGAAUUGUUUGGCGAUAAUAUGGAAGCCGAUUACCGACCAAUGUCGGCUCUCGAUCGUUACGAUCGAAAUCUCAUGGACGACGAAGAUUAUUCAGAAAUUUCGCAAGGAGAUCGAGCGCUCGCUGAGGACGAGAUGAGAAAGCGAGAUCGUGCCGCUGGAAUUAUAAGAGAUGACAGAGAUCUAUUUUAUGAGGAUAGUGAUGACGAGUUGAUGCCAUCACACAAGAGAAGAAUGGCCGAGAAAGCAGCCGCUGGAGAACUUGAAGAGGAGGAGAUGAUCGAGUCAAUUGAGAAUUUAGAAGACACAAAAGGCCAUUCGGUGAAGGAAUGGGUCUCAAUGUUGGGACCACGCACCGAAAUUGCAAAUCGAUUUAAAAAUUUCCUCAGAACUUAUACAAAUUCCAAGGGACAACAUAUGUACAAAGAACGAAUUCGACACAUGUGCGAAAGCAAUCAGUCGAGUUUUGUUGUCGAAUUUACAGUUCUCGCCAGCAAGGAACAUAUUUUAGCUUACUUCUUACCGGAAGCACCAUUCAAAAUGCUUGAAAUUUUUGACGAAGUUGCAAAAGAAUUGGUAUUGACAAUCUUCCCAAGUUACGAACGUGUCACGACUGAAAUUCACGUGCGAAUUUCCGAAUUGCCUUUAAUUGAAGAACUGCGAACAUUCAGGAAAUUGCAUGUAAAUCAACUGGUAAGAACUCUAGGUGUGGUGACGGCGACAACCGGAGUUAUGCCACAAUUAUCAGUCGUGAAAUUCGAUUGCAAUAAAUGUGCUUGCGUUUUGGGUCCGUUCGUCCAAUCGCAAAGUACAGAAUUCAAACCUGGUUCCUGUCCACAAUGUCAGAGCACUGGUCCUUUCAUGAUUAAUAUGGAGCAAACGUUGUAUCGUAACUAUCAAAAGAUAACAAUUCAAGAAUCGCCGGGAAGAAUUCCCGCGGGGCGUAUUCCGCGAAGUAAGGAUUGCAUUUUAUUGUCUGAUUUGUGUGAUCGUUGUAAACCCGGCGAUGAAAUUGACGUCACGGGAAUUUAUACGAAUAAUUACGAUGGUUCGUUAAAUACAAACGAGGGUUUUCCGAUAUUCUCCACUGUUCUUCUCGCGAAUCAUUUGCACGUGAAGGAUUCAAAGGAUAUCGUUGCAUCGUUAACGGAAGAGGACGUGAACAGUAUUAGGGAAUUGAGCAAAGAUCCGAGAAUCACAGAUCGAAUUGUUGCGAGUAUGGCGCCUUCGAUUUACGGACACAAGUUCAUUAAGCAAGCAUUGGCAAUGGCAAUUUUCGGCGGUGUUUCCAAAAAUCCAGGAAAGAAGCACAAGGUGAGAGGAGACAUUAACGUUCUGGUUUGUGGAGACCCGGGAACGGCAAAAUCGCAGUUUUUGAAAUAUACGGAGAAAAUAGCACCGAGAGCGAUUUUCACAACUGGUCAAGGAGCUUCGGCUGUCGGUCUCACGGCUUACGUGAGACGUUCGCCGCAAACAAGAGAAUGGACCUUGGAAGCUGGAGCUUUAGUUUUGGCCGACACGGGAAUUUGUCUCAUUGACGAGUUCGAUAAAAUGAACGAUCAAGACAGAACAUCAAUUCACGAAGCCAUGGAACAACAAACGAUUUCAAUUUCAAAAGCCGGUAUCGUGACAUCACUUCAAGCUCGAUGUUCAGUUAUUGCUGCCGCUAAUCCCAUAGGCGGAAGAUACGAUCCCAGCAUGACUUUCUCCGAAAAUGUAAAUCUAUCGGAUCCAAUUCUUUCGCGUUUCGAUAUUUUGUGUAUCGUUAAGGAUGAAAAAGACGCAAAUGAUGAUGAGAGGCUGGCGAAAUUCGUCGUCAAUUCACACAUUAAACAUCAUCCAAAUUUCUCCGACGAUUCAGAAAUACUUGAUUUCCAAACUCCCAGCACGGAAUUGCCAAUACCUCAGGAUCUCUUGAAAAAAUACAUUGUUUACGCGAAGCAAAACGUUCAUCCGAAAUUAACGAACAUUGACAAUGAUAAAAUUGCCAGAAAAUAUAAAGAUCUGCGUCAAGAGAGUUUGUCGACGGGAAGUCUUCCGAUCACUGUCCGACAUAUUGAGGCAAUUAUAAGAAUGUCGGAGGCGUGUGCAAAAAUGCAGUUACGUGAUUACAUUCGUGAGGAGGACGUUAAUAUGGCUAUCAAAAUGGUUCUGCAGAGUUUCGUCGAGACACAAAAAUAUUCGGUUAAAAAGAGUAUGAUGCAGACAUUCAAAGCCGAUCUUAACUACAAGGAGGAUCACAGUGAUCUUCUCUAUCACAUCCUGAGGGGAAUCACUCACGAUCAUCUUGCUUUCCAACGUGCAAUGCAUGGCAAUCGUGUCACAACUGUCGAAGUUUCCGAAAAAGAACUUCAAGAUCGGGCGAGGCAGAUAAAAAUUCACGAUCUCUCAUCAUUCUACGAAAGCGAAAUAUUCAAAAUGAAUCACUUCAGUUACGAUCCAAAACGAAAAGUAAUAGUAAACAUUCUACCCGCCAUGGAUUGCGAUUAAUCCCUCCGAAAAAAAUGUCUACCUCCCUCUUUUUAUACCAUUUUAUUUAUAUUUUUCUAAGAAAAAAACGGACAAAGAAAUUCGCGUAAGUUGAAUUAAAUUUUUUUUACUUUUUUAACUAUUUUAAUUAAUUUAUAAAUGUUUUUUUUUCUAUUUAAAAAAACUGAAGAUCCAUGAAACAACGUCAAAAAGAAAAAAAACAAGAAUUAAUAAAUUUUGUUUUAAUAAAAACGUCAUGACAAUAGAUUACAAAAAUAAUUACAAUCAUUUGUUGAAAUUUACAGAAUUAGGAAUUGAUUGAUUAAAAAAAAAGAAUUUUUUUAACUAA